AUGGACUCGGCCAGGGCCUACUGCCUCCCGCAAGUCCCCGCCUCGAGCCCCGCCCUUUCCUUCCCCUCUUCCCCGGCGGCGGCGGCGGGCCUAACCCGGGCGCGGGCGCGGGCCGAGGCGCAGCUGCGCUCCGCGGUAGCCUGCGAGCGGGCCAUGCGCUGGAGCGAGGUUGUUGAACAUUAUACAGCACUCUUGAAAACUCUGAGCAAAGAGGAACUUCCUAAAGACUUUGAGCCUGGGCCUUACUAUUCACAACUGCUAUUUGAAACCUAUUAUCAUUUAGCCGUAGCUUUCCAAAGACAGAAUCACCAUAAGGAAGCAGUUCAAGAGCUUAAUAAAGCAAUAGACAUUGCAUCUAUCCCUAAGAUUGCUUGUCAAGUUGGAUGUGUUUCCAGAACUUUCCUUCAUACACCACUAUUUGCGAGAAGAGCGUAUGCAUAUGUAAGAUGUGGUCGUUUGAAAGAAGCAAUAGAUGAUGCUAACAAGGCUGUUGAGUUAGACCCUUUGAACCCUGAUGUAUAUUGUGUUCGAGCUCUUGUUUGGAACACAGUGAAAGAAAAGAAGAGAGCGCUUUUUGAUUUAAACUGUAGCCAGAAGCUAAAGCCUUCUCAUAUUUCCACUUUGAUCAUAAAGGGAAUUAUUAAAAAUUCUCUUAUGGCAACAGAGGGUACAAAGUCUUUAGUGAAGAAUAAAGAUCAUGAAAAGGCUUAUAAACUGGACAAAACUAGUAAAAAUUUCUUUGAUGUAGAAGAUUUCCAUAGUCCUAAAAUGGAUGAUUUCUAUGAUAGAUACCUGUGGUCCCUCAAUGUUCCUCACACAAUAAUGCAAGUCAACUUGAUGGCUGGAAGUUCAUUCAUUUCACAUUUACCAUCUGAUUCAUUUCACAGAGAGAAGAGAAUGAGCUUACUUCCCGAGCAGAACGCGGGGUCCUUUAUCUGUAGCACUCCAACCAGUUAUCUUGACAACACCGCCUUUGCAAGGAGGGCAUCGUAUGGAAAGGCAUUGAAGGAUUCUGGUUUAAAAUUGAACGCCAGCAAGAUUUCAGAGAGGAUUCUGAGAAUUACACGAGUGGCUUCAGAAUGGUCGGAAAGGAGGACAUCCAGAAGCCCUGUGAAGAUAGAUUCAAAGACAAUAGUAGCAUCAACACCUGGCAUCCUUGCAUGUAAGAAGAAGCCAGAGCAAAAGAAAUCCGAAGCCAGCAAGAUCAAAUCCAAGAAGCAAGGUUUCUCUGGAUAAACACAGCCGAGAAUGUGAGCUGGAUUCUAGUCCUUCUUGUGAAUCAAGAGAGAUUUAUUCAGUUCCAAUUACAGAAAAGUUU